AUGAUGCCAGCAAUUGCUUCCUGGCAGCCUGAGGGGAGAGUGGAGUUCAACCACUACACAGCGUCCUACAAGCCAGGAAUCCUGGCUGACGCACUCGCCGACAUUUGUUUCGUUGUUGAACCCCGGGAGAAGGUUGGCAUCGUCGGUCGCACAGGAGCUGGAAAGUCAUCGCUAUUCAUGGCUAUUCUCCGGGUCCUGAAAGCAACGCAUGGUUACGUGUGCAUAGACGGUGUCAGCAUUGCAUCAGUUCCUCUGCAGAGGCUGCGCUCCGUCGUCACCUUGAUCCCGCAGGACCCAAGCUUGAUGCGCGGAACACUAAGGGAUGCCUUGGACCCCACUCGCAGCCACUCCGAUCAGGAAGUGUGGCUCGCAUUGCACCAAGUACAUCUUGCCGAGUUCGUUUGUCGUGACCCAGACAACAUAAUGAUGUACGUCGGCGACGGCGGAAGCAACCUCAGCGCCGGCCAGCGGCAACUGUUGUGCCUCGCACGAGCCCUGCUACGUCGUCCUCGGCUGCUUCUUAUGGACGAAGCCACGUCGCACAUGGACGGCGACACGGAGAGGCUCGUUCAGAGCACGCUGCGAGAAAGCUUCGACAACUGCACAGUCUUGACUAUCGCUCACAAGCUGGAGACUGUGCUAGACUAUGACAAGAUACUGGUGAUGGAGAAUGGACGUGUGAUCGAGUUUGGGCCGACACAGUGGCUUUCUUCGAACCACGAGUCAGCCUUCUACAAAAUGCUGCGACAUGCCGGAAUGACCUCACGUCGCAGUGACUCAUGCCAGUGAGACCUCUACGCAAGCAAUUCUCUUGCAAUUUACUGGGUGUCUCCAAUAAAGAACGAGGU